AUGUUGGAGUCAAGGUCGCGUGGGAAGUUGAGGCCAUUUCUUAAACAGGCUUUCGUUGCUGGCUUUUUGACGCCCGGAGUUUAUUAUUUUCCCUACAGUCAAUGGCUUCAUUACGAGGGCAAGCUGGAAGUAACGAAAGGCGAUCGUGUUCUCGGCAGGAUGGAGGUUGGGCGGGCCUUCGGCGAAAUGGCUCUGCUCUACAACUGCAAUCGAACAGCAUCUGUCCGGGCACUGACAAACGCCAAGUUCUGGACACUCGAUCGUCAGGUCUACCAACAGAUCAUGAUGAUUUCCUCGCUUCACAAGCACAAAGAGAACCUCAAGUUCCUCGAAAGUGUCCCUGCAUUCAAAAAACUCUCACACCAGAAACUGCACAAACUCGCCGAUGUUCUCGAACAGUUGUCCUACGAUCAAGACGAUUACAUCAUUCGGCAAGGUGAGGUCGGCGAAACCUUCUUCAUCAUUCAAGCCGGAGAGGUGCAAAUUACCCAAUUCCAAAAUGCUGACGAGCCAGCCAAGGAAAUCCGUGUCCUCACCGCGGGUGACUGGUUCGGGGAGCGUGCACUUUAC